CAGUUGCACUUUUGGACACAACGUUUACAUCCUUAUCUUUUCAUGUUACUCUUUAAUAAACAGUACAGCUAGAGGCAGAAUGGUGCUAUAUUUUGGCUGCGGUUUGUUUCUGCUUACGUUACUUGUUCUGCCGGGCCUAUUGCUCGGGGACUUGGUAUUUUAUUGUCCGAAAUGCACUGCGGAGCGCCAAACUGCAUGUCCUAAGCUCGCCACCAACUGUACUGAGAUAGUCAGGGAGCCCGCCUGUGGCUGCUGUCCGGUGUGUGCCCGAUUAGAAGGUGAAUUCUGUGGCGUCUACACACCGAGGUGUUCCACAGGGCUGCGUUGUUAUCCCACUGUAGAUUCAAAAUUGCCCUUGGAGCAGCUGGUUCGGGGGUUAGGGCGAUGCUCACAAAAAGUGGACACAGUACCCAACCGCACCGAAGAGCACCGGGACACGAGUGGGGAGCUGCCGGGCACUGAGGGCCCCACUAUGAAGAAGCCGACCAAAGAUGUCAGGAUCUGGAUAUGGUCCAGAGAUAUGGCUCCAAAGCAGGCCCAGAACGAGCUCAAAACCAAGAUGAAGACCAACAACUGUCCCGAGGAACCUAAGACCCAACAGCCCAUGAAGGGCCCUUGUGCACAGGAGCUGGAGAAGGUGAUGGAGGAGAUCUCCAAGAUGAGCUUCCAUGAUAACAGGGGACAUGUUGAUAAUCUGUACCAACUCAAAUUCCCCAACUGUGAAAAAAUAGGCCAGUACAAUCUCAAACAGUGCCACAUGUCCACCCACGGUCAGCGGGGAGAGUGCUGGUGCGUUAACCCCUUCACGGGUGUCCAGAUCGCCCAGUCCACCAAGGUGCGGGGGGACCCCAACUGCAGCCAGUAUGUGGAUGAGCAGGAGAUGGAGACCGGAACACAGUCCACUGCCGUCCUGCAGAUGGCAGAGAUAUAACAGCACUUCACUCACACACAGAUACCCCCCCCCACCCACCCACAGUGGAACGGUCCAAAUUGACUGACAGCUGACAUAGUUGUCAUGUGCAUGGGUUUCUUUCAAUGUAGCUGUUACCUGUCCCUUGCCCACUAAGAUGCAAAAGAAAGAUAAACUCGCUAAAGGUGCUUUAACAAAGUACUGAGUAAAGGGUCUGAAUGAUUAUGUAAAUGUGAUAUUUCAGUUUGUUAUUUUUGAUACAUUAACUAAAAAUUCUAAAAAACUGUU